AUGUUUACAACUUUAAUUACUUCAACAGUUAUCUACCCUAUUCCAACUGUUGAACAAAAUUUUAUCGUUGCUUGUCAUAACUUGUUUCGUUCUGAUGUAGCUCGUGGUAAAGGAGAGAAUUCAGAAGGAUUUUUACCUGAAGGGGCGAAUAUAAAACAAAUAUUUUAUGACAAUGAUUUGGAAAAAAUUGCUAGAAAAUGGAAUUGUUCGGGUGGAAAUGACGAGGAAUAUGGGGAAAAUGUUUAUGGUUAUACAGGAAAACCCGACAAACUAUUUUUCAAACAGCCACAGGAAGAGGAAUAAUUUUGAAAUUUAUUGUAAAUGUUAGGGUUGAGGUUUUCGAGCCGGGCUGCAUCUUUUCGAGUCAUUUUUUGGGCAUCAUUUUUAUCGGGCCGGCUCGACCGAGUCUUUUUCUGGCCAAAAUUCGAUGCCCGACCGGGCCCCCAACCAAUCAUAAUUUUUCAAUAAAGUUAGAAAACUUUUGAUUGAUUCCUCACAUCC